AUGGGGUGGCCUCGGUGGUGGCCAUGCUGCAGGCGGCGUCGGAGGGGAAGACCCUGGCCCAGAUCAAGGGCGCCAUGGGCUUCGGCCUGAGAGAAUGGGGCGUCCCACGAGCCCUGCGGCUGCUGCAGAAGACCCUGAGCGGCCCCUGGGGCAAGGACGUGGUGCAGAUGGCAGACGCCCUGUUUGUGCAGCGUGACCUGCCCCUGGCGCCCACCUUCAUGCUGCGCUUCCGACGACUUUUCCACCAGAUGGUCAAGCAGGUGGACUUCUCGGACAGCGCCCGGGCACGCGAGGUGGUCAACGCCUGGGUGGAGCAGCACACCAAUGGGAUGAUCCGGGGCUUCCUGCAGGAGGGCACCCUGGGUGCCCUGACACGCCUGGUGUUGGCGAACGCCAUCCACUUCAAAGGCCUCUGGCGGCUUCCCUUCCCCGAGGCUGCCACUCGCCAGCGUGUCUUCCACAAGCUGGACGGCAGCACCGUCGUGGUCCCCAUGAUGGAGCAGACGGCCGAAUUCAACUACGGUGAAUUCUCCACCCCAGAGCAGGGGGACUACGAUGUCAUCGAACUGCCCUACCAGGGGGAGAUGCUGAGCAUGCUCAUCGCUAGCCCCUUCCAGCGGGACGCCCCCCUCUCGGCCCUGGUGGCUGCAGUCGACCCCCGCCUCAUCGCAGAGUGGAAAAGCAACAUGUCCGCGGUGACCCGGCUCCUCGUCUUGCCCAAGUUUUCUCUGGAGAGCGAAGUUGACCUCCGUGCGCCACUGGAGGCCCUGGGCAUGACGGACAUGUUUGAUUGCGAGAAGGCCAACUUCAGCCGUCUCUCAGGGCAGGAUGGCCUCUUUGUGUCCCGGGCGCUGCAGAAAGUGAAGAUUGAGGUGAACGAGAGUGGCACCGAGGCCUCUUCUGCCACAGUGGCCAUCGUCUAUUCCCGCAUGGCGCCCUUGGAGAUCGUGCUGGACCGGCCGUUCCUUUUUGUUGUGCGGCACAACCCAACCGGGACCAUCCUCUUCAUGGGCCAGGUGAUGGAGCCCCAGCCAUUGGGCCUCCCUCUGAAGUGAAGAGGACCUCCGUGCCAGCGGGAUGAUCUACCACCAGUCCCCUCGUGGAAGUCGCUUCUGCCCGGCCUCCUCCCUGGCAUGUCCCGCCACUUCUGGCAUCUAGGACACUUGUGCGAGGACCAGGCGCCGGUCCAGGCUGGAGGGGGCCUGCAGGCGCAGCAGGGGAGCUCUGCCAGCCGCCCUGAAGGAAGCCUGGAGAGAGAAGGGGCCACCGUGGACGCCAGCCUCGCCCGGGCACAGCCCCUUCGCCCUGCACCCGGGAGCCGCUCUCUCCUCCCCUUCUGGGGCUCCGUCUGGACUGGACGCACUUUGGGACUAAAGAGAAACUUAAUAUAUGCAGAUGUUUUGUCUUAUUUUUGUACAUUAAAAGAAUGCACCGCCA